AUGCCCGUGACAUCUCCCACCCUAUCUCUGCGCGAAGUUCAUACACAAACACCCGGGCAGCAAUUUCCCCUGACCAAUAUAGAUAACCCGAAUGAUAUCGCCCAGGAGUUGAGCAAUUUGCAAGCGCUGAGGCGUUUAUCUAUGGAUGUGGGCAACAGUAUUGAUCCAGAUAUACCGCCAAUGUCAUUAGCAGCUAUGCCGGCUGUAGCGCCGAGAGGAGACGACGAUGAAAACGACCCGUCGAGAUUGCUUUGGGUGCCAGCUAGGGUACACCCAGAGCUUGCUCCAACCGAGUUCAAAACCUUUCUAGCAAGCCGCCUUCAGUCAAUACGGAGGAGAUCCGGGGAUUCAUUUCUUUCCGUCUCGGACGAAAAAUAUGGCAAUGAAUCGGAUCCUAUAAACGCUUCUUCAUUAAGGAGAAAGAAGUCCUUGCUCUCACGCCAAAUUGACAACUCAGAAGAACGAGCCCCUGAAGGGUUCGCUGGUGGAAUAGACAGAUCAGAGAGACAUGGUUUCAAGGGUAAUCAACAAGACCGAGAACUGAGUCUAGAUGAGCUAGUAAAAGACCCUUCAAAAGCAGUUCAGAGGCUUGCUCAAGAGUCCCAUAACUAUUCAGGCAGUUUAGAGACUGGGAUGGAUGACAUGCCUAUCCUCCCUGUUGCGCCCAGUAGCGGAUUACGGAGAUCAACUCGAACAACCUAUCGCAAAGGAGGGAGCUUGCGAUUUGGGGACAAGACAUCGUUUUCGAAGCGGAUGGCACAACGCCAGCAAAGCGGCGAACCUAUAGAGCCACCUAUUUCGGCGGCCGAAGAUAUUUCUCGUGGAUAUCCGCUGAUUAAAGUGCAGUCAGAACCUACUUCUGAGAAUUUCUCAAGGCCUACCCGGCCAGAUCGAAGACAAGAUAGAUUUUCACAAGAAACGUCCGCAACAUCAACAGAUUUCGACACUUCCUCUACCCCAAGGCCGUCUCAGUUCUCUGGUCGACUACCUUCUGCUCAAUCCACUACAUCUAACAAUAAUAUCUCCAACCCAGAUGAAGCAAGCGCUUCACAAGACAAUCGGUAUCCGGAAAAUUUUCCACAGCGUUCUUCAUCCCAGACCACUACCGCGACAGAAGAGGCCGGAUUGGAGUCUGCAGCGGAUAAUCUUGGCGACGAUACACUCAGCCACUCGAACUACCACUCCUUAUCGGGCAAUGCAAAUUUCGAGGAAAACGGCUCGCCUAGCUCUGCGAAGUCAUCAGUUCCCACCGUGGCGCAAACCAGUACAGCUGCUGUUGUGAGUCCGGUCCAAUCCGGCGCUUCAAAUGGUAACGCCAUUCGCGCUGAUACCUCAACCGUUACCCCGGCGUAUACGCGAGACGACAAAAAAUCGGACAAAAAGUCGAAAAGGGAUAAGGACGAGGACUCUCAUAAUUCCACCAGAUCUGGCUCUGCGUGGAAGUGGCUCAAGGGCGUUGCAGAUGAUAGGGACAAAAAGAAAGAUGAGAGCAAGAAAUCCAAGCAUAAAUCCGCCUCCGAAAAAGCCCAGGAUAAUGUGCGAUUGGAUGUGAUCCAAACUUCAAUCGAAAAGACAACUACAAAGGGUCGCGAAAGCCUAGUCCUUGACCGGGAAAGCCUCGACAACAAGCUUUCGGACGAGCGAAAGAAAGAGAGCCAUCGCAAAAGUGACUCAAAGAAGGAAAAGGAUGGAAGUUUGUUCUCUUCCAUUUUUGGUGGUGGUAAGAAACGAGAAGAGAAAGAAAAGAACAAAAAAUAUCAGCAGCUGUUGCACGUUCCAGAGGACAUCGUGCCUUACAAGCCUUUGCAACCAGAUAUUGACUACAACUGGAGUCGCUUUCCACUUCUGGAGGAGCGCGCCAUCUAUCGAAUGGCACACAUCAAAUUAGCAAACCCUCGUCGGUCCCUCCACAGCCAGGUGCUUCUGAGCAACUUUAUGUACAGCUAUUUGGCGAUUGUUCAAGCUAUGCAUCCCCAAAUGAAUGUUCCAGUAUCACCCCAACAAAAGCGAUUAGAAGAAGAGGCACGCCGUAAGCAGGAAGAACAAGACUACAUGGCUCAGCGUGAUGCACAGGAUGAGGCAGAUGAACAAGACCAACAUCAGAGCCUUGACCAGUACGAUUUUGAUUAUCAUCGUACGGCAGUGCAAUACGCUGAUUCCAGUCCUGAUAAACCCGUCGAGUACGUGGAUGAUGCUCAGAUAUAUGAAGAUGAUCACACACGCGAUAGCCAUGGUGACUACGGCGAUGACGAUUCCGGCGGCUAUAGCCAGGAGGUGAAGGAUUAUUAUCGGUAUCAAAAUGAUGUCUCAGAUCGACACGCCGGCCAGGAUGGCGUGUGGUGA